UCUAUGGCGGGUGGAAGCCAGCUAGCCAUAUCCCGUUCAGAUGGGGUCAGACAAGGUCGAUCUCAUUACAACGUUACAACCAACUUGCCUAUCUUGCUCAAUCCCCAACCUCUCUCUACAUCAUUCUUAUCUAACCCACUCGCACCUCAUCAAAAUGUUCGGACUCCGUGCUUGGCCCACUCCCUUCGCCCGCCCCUUGGCUCCCUUCAUCGCCGCUACCGUCAUCACCUACUUGGGAGUCGCCAAGUUGCAGGACAUGGCCGUCAACACCCCCGAGGCUCUCGCUGACCCCAAGAACCCUUACUCCAAGGGCAAGAAGGCCGCUCACUAAAUGUUAGAUGACGGGUCGGAUGAAGCAUAGAGAGAAGACGGAAGGGGAUGUAGCUUACAGCACAGGGUAUGAGAGGGGGGAAUGAUGAAAAGAGAAAAUCGACGUGGUAACAAAAGAUUUACGUCUUGGACCCUUGUUCGGGUUGCGGUCGUGAUUCAUCGCUGGGAUUGCAAGACUCGUUGGUUUGCUUCGCUCGAUGUGCUAAGGAGUGCCCGGUCAACCUGCGAGGGUCUUGACAACUCAUACGUUGCUUGCGGUUCAGCCAGAACUGUAUCCGGGCACGAACAAUCGAACUGCACGGUGGACCCUGAUUUGGGAUGUGAGAGCCGAUGGUUUUCCGAACAGAUUAAGACCGCAAUGCUAUAUUUGACUUCA